CCUCUCGCUGCAUCCUGCGGUGGACAUCCAACCCGGCCCACAUCCAAGUGUGACGUCAGAAGCCACCACGCCCAUGCCCAAAUUGGACACAUUCUCAUUAACGAAGAAGCAUCGAGAAGAGAAGACUAGAAGACGAAGGAGUACUACAAUUUUGAAAGCAAGUGAUUGUUUGCCAUGUCGCAUCCUACACAUUUUCAGUUCAAGCCUGUUGCAGAUCAAUACUGCCUGGAUGGGUGGUUUGAAUGUCCCUGCUGCAGUUUUAUGACUAAAGAGAAAUUCUCAUUUUCUAUUCAUCUUGAGAACCAUAUAAGUCAUGCAGUGGAGCAUGGAGGUUACUUCAUCUCAAAAUGCAACAAACUGUGCAGGACCACAGCCCAUUUUCACUGUCUGUACUGCAGCCAGACAGUAAUACGCAAGGAACAAUACAUAAGCCAUGUCUCCAAAUGCUCUAAGACAGAAGUACUUGCAGCACCUACCCUAUCUCCAGCUCUCUCUGUAGCUGCAUGCCCGACACCCUGUCCCCCAGCUACUGUAGUUACCAAGGCUCCAGUCUCUACCCCCCUUUCCUCUGAUCCUGGCUCCUUUGUACCAUUCCCACCCCCACAAAUACAAAGAAAGAGAGUGAUUUCUUUAGUUUCUAACUCCCUUACCUCUGAUCCUGGCUCCUUUGCACCACCCCCACCAAAAAUUCAAAAGAAGACAAACACAGUCAUGUGUCCUCAUUGUGGACUGUUACUUAACAGACGAAAUGUAAGGCUACACAUUCUGAGACGACAUACACCAAUAGAAACGGACAUUAGCGCUCUGAACCACCUUAAAUCACAGUGUGUGGAUUAUAGAAAUGGUGUCUAUGCAGUAGCCAAAGCAUUUUCAGCACCCAACACUCCAAUACACAUCAUCAGAAAGACGUGGGGCUCAGAACAAAGAACAACAUGUGAACUUGAUAUCUGCAGAAUUAAUACAGAAUUUGCAGAAAGAUCAAACAUCCGUUCCUAUGAGUGCCAUCACCUUCGAUCACUUGCAUACUGCCCACCAGCCGGAAGGGAGAUUUCCUUACUGACAGAGCAAGGUUUACAGACCAUGGUUGAUGAUAGGUGGUUUGGAAAGGACAAGAAGGAGAGAUGUUUGGCACGCCAGAGAGAGGCAAUUGACGCAGGAGUCCCUCUCUCCUGCCUAGUGACCGUUUGUGGGCCCAGCCAUAAAAAAUACAUUUCUGUGUUCGAGCCCACCAUUUCCUACUACAGCAGGCUUGGUCGAGUCAUGGUUACCUAUGAUGCCAAAACAAUUUCUUGGCAUUGUCCUUGUGCUAAACCAAGGCAGUCAUGCCUUCACAAAAAUGUUGCAAAGUGGCACCUAUUUGAAGUGGACAGGGCACUCUUCCGGAAAACCAGAAGUGUGGAGGAGGAUAGUAUUGCACAACACUUUCCCACCAAUGUGGAAGGUUUUGAGGCAGAGGAAGGAGCCCAGUACCCACCCGAAGGCCAGAAUCUGUCUCGGAUGGUUAGGUACAUCUUUGAUAAAAAGAAACUACCUGCAGUCAUCCCUUCAGAUGUGUUAAACUCUUGUAAUUUUCCUCUGAGCUUCACACCAUCUGAAGCCUUUUGCACAGAAUGUUCUGAGGUAAUUCCACUAAGUGAACCAUUGAUCAUCACAUCAAAAGCCAAAAUCCUGACGAUGACCAAUGUCAUAGAAGGAAUAUCAAUGUACAGGAAACAGUGCUACAGAUGUGGCAUGGUAUAUCGAUAUCAGGAGUGGUGUGAUGGUAUCUAUAAUUUUGACGACCACAUACUUCUGUCGAUACACUUGUGCCAUUUUCAUGCUAACAGUCUCCAGACUCACCAGGCUGUAGGAAGUGCAAUUGAGGUCUUGGAGAGGACCUCGGGUAAAGCCUUUCCUUCAAAAACAAGGAUACUGCAUGCCUACUUGAGUUUUGAGGCACUGUCCGACCACACCUACACUUUUGCAUGCGUAACGUGUGGUUACCAUCCAGUGUCCGUCGUAAUGGACCUUCAUAAGAAGGGUGUUUUUAGUAUGCCUGUGAGCAGCAUUGAGGAACCACCAGAGGAUUUUGAUGGAAAGGUGAAUGCUGAAGAUUUCUGGGAGCGUGUUUCUCUGGAAAUGAUCAGCCGUGGCUUAGUUCCAAACAAUGAGGCAAACCCCUUUGUGGUUCGUCCGAGCUACCAUAACUGGGCUCCAUGGAUUGGUCCUCACACAAGAAGCGGGAAUCAUCUUCUCAAUACAGAAUAUCAGAAGGUGCAUUCUCCUUAUAGUGUGAAGGAGGAAUCCGAGUUUACCCUCACAGAGGACCGGCUAACAGAUGAGCUUCUAAAACUCAAGAUAGAGGCAGUGCGUUCCUUAUGUAGGGAGUGUGGCAUCGACCCCAAGGGCUCGCGAAUGGACUUGGUUGGACGACUGCAGCAAGAAAUGAAAAACAGAGCCAGUUACGACAAGGUGUUUUCACAGAUCUGGGGAGCAUCUGGUGGAUGGGCUGUGGUUACCUGUCCUUGUGCUGUGGUCUAUGGGGUAAAAUUUAACAUCAGAGCUGAGAGCCCACGGGACUUCACAGACCUUUUGUUUUCAAUGAAACAUUUUCCAAAUAUUUCAUUGUAUGACUUUGCCAGAGGGUUGGCAACACACACUAACAUUAGAAAACCCGAAACCUUCCAUCCUCAUGGGGGCAGGCUGCUAGAGCCUACAGAGGAAAACAUCCAGCUUGCAAAUUCUGGGCAGAUAAAAGUGAACUUACCGUGGCUACUCACAGAAAAGUCAGUGCCAGAUGUAAAUGGCCACCCUAUAACAGGAUCAUCUGAUCAUUAUGCCCUAUAUGAUCGUUUCCAUGAGGCUAAUUCUAAGGACGCCAGGGAUACCUUGCGCAAGGUGGAACUGGUCCCGGAGUUGUGUGGUUGGCUCAAUAGCCAGUGUGCCGAACAGCUCUUCUCUGGAAUGAGAAAAAAUAACCAUUUUCUCAAUAUGAUGACUCCCUCCUCACACAUCUUUCUAAUGCGAAACAUCUUGCAUCACAACAACAUCAACAAAAACUCCCGAACCAUAGAGAACAUGAAGACGAGACUGGGCAUGGGAUUGGACAUAGUGUUAAAUUCCAAUGGUCAGACAGUGUUGGGUGCAGCCAUGGCUGUGAAUUCUCAAUCCUUCUCUUUUGAUACUGCAGCAACUGUUUCAGCAGAGUCAGUGCCCAGUCCAGCGUCCCCCGCUGCGCCCAGUCCAGCGUUCCCCGCUGCGCCCAGUCCAGCGUCCACCGCUGCGCCCAGUCCAGCGUCUCCCACUGCGCCCAGUCCAGCGUCCCUUGGCUUCUCAGGACUGAGUAAACCCUGGGAAAAAGAAUUGAAUCCUAUCCAGGACAAAUUGCUCAGCUAUGUUCUGGACACGAGUCGGCCUGGAGCGGAAAUUAUUAUAAAAGAAGGGCCCACAUGUCUCACCCGUGAAGAGUUUUGGAGCCUAGGGUUACAAAGAUACAUGGAUUCCCAGAUUGGGAAUGCCUGCUUUAAAUUGAUCCAUGAAGCAGCUCAGCAACACGGAAAAGACAUAUAUAUAGAGAACAUGUACGUAGUUCCUACAUGGAAGCAUACACCAAAUAACGUGGUUGGCAACUUUCCAAAAUCUUGCACAAAAAUUUGAUCCUGGGAGCUGGACUGAAAAGACUGGACAUGAUAUUGCGAGAUUGCCACACCAGAUCUGUGGAAAUGACUGUGGGAUUUUCAUGCUUAUGUAUACCCUUUGCAUUGUGACAGGUGUGGGGUUUGACUUCGAGGAGG